CGUACAGCUGAUUAAAGAUUUCACUUCUCGCUCUCUCUUGUCUGUUAAGCUGGUGGCCAUGCGCAUUUGUACAAAUACUUUAGUUAUAAAGAAAUUUAUGUCGAGUUUGUUGUGAGGACUUUUGGUCUUUUGACCUAAGGCGCUGAAAAUGCAUAAACUGAAACUAUCUCAGCGUGAUAAAGUUAAAAAGUUUAUAGCAUUUACUCAAACUGGAGAACAGACAGCAAUAUUCUGCUUAUCUCAAAAUGAAUGGAAACUUGAGUUAGCGUCUGAUAAUUAUUUUCAAAAUCCUGAUGUGUACUACAAGGAACCUAAGGUUACAGUGGACAGAAAAAAACUAGAAAUGCUAUUUUCAAAGUACAAAGAUCCAGUGGAACCAGAUAAAAUGACAGCGGAAGGAGUGAUGAAAUUUUUAGAUGAUUUAAACUUAAGUCCUGAAUCAAAACUUGUGCUGAUAAUUGCAUGGAAGUUCAGAGCAGCAGCCCAGUGUGAAUUUACACGAGAAGAAUUUAUGGCAGGAAUGACAGAACUCUGUGCAGAUAGUAUAGAGAAACUGAAAUGUCGGCUACCUUCAUUGGAGGGUGAGUUGAAAGACCAGAACCGGUUCAAGGACUUGUACCAUUUCACAUUCAACUAUGCCAAGAACCCUGGCCAGAAGGGUCUUGAUCUCGACAUGGCUGUAACCUACUGGAACAUAGUACUGCGUGGCAGGUUCCGGUUCCUUGAUCUCUGGUGUCAAUUCCUACAGGAACAUCACAAAAGAUCAAUACCGAAAGACACUUGGAACCUUUUGUUGGACUUUGCAUUGGUAAUCAAUGACGAUAUGUCCAACUACGAUGAGGAGGGAGCUUGGCCGGUGCUGAUAGAUGACUUUGUAGAAUGGGCGCAGCCACAGGUGUCACGUAUCGCAGAGCCUCACAGCACACAGGUGUAGUGCAACGGACCAGUGAACUAUAACACCUGUAGUGACGUGUUGCAACUUUGUACAUAUUUCUGGUCGCUUAGCAUUACAGUUGGAUACAUUUUUUUAUUUUUCCUCUAAGUGUACUUUAAUGUAACACUUUAUUUUAAAAAAAUUACAUGUACAUCAUGAACCAUUUUAAUGUUUUACAUUAUGUAUUUUACCUGCUCAUUUUUGUUUUGUAAAGUGUUGUACAUGAGGUUGUUGGACAGUUAUUUAUUAAGUUGAAGCCAAAAGCAUAUUUUCAGUGAUCAUUCCUAAUGAUAAGUAAAUGAUACAUUUAUA